AUGGGCAGCUCAAACGAAGAAUACAAAGUUGGCGAGAUAAAAUAUCCUACAGGGUUCGGUUUGAAGGAUAUUGCUGGCUGGGGCUCAACCGGCCUCAUGGUACUCGACAAGGCUUCGGGUACGGUGGUAAGGACGGCGCACAAUAAUCAUGAGCUUGUCGACAGAGAAUGGCCCGUCGAUGAACGCUUUACUGAGCGCGCCCGCGGCGGUCACCCCAAUAGUAAGGACUGUCCGACUGAAAAUACGCAACGUGCGGAGAAGUUCAGCAGCAUUUGA